AUGGCACUCAGAGGCCGGUUUCGCACAGGAGUAGGGAGCAGGGAGAAAUCUUCAGCCUUGCAGUGGGGCGUUAGUAUGUACGAACUGAACAAGAUGCAGGUUAGUCUGUAUGAAUUGAACAAGGUGCAUGUUCGUCUGUACGAACUAGGUCCAAUAUCAGCAAUGCUACCAUUCAACCUUUCAAAUAGCUCUUUAAUACACCAUAUGUGCCAACCUCUGAUGUGUAGAGUCAUGUUAUUCAAGCGGUUAUAUGCCGCUGACUAUUGCUACAAAAAGCAACAUCAAAUUUGGAAAUCCAAUUCGAUGCAGGAAGUCCACAGGAUAAGUGAGUCAGAGAAGAGCAUGUGGCACCAACUCCCUCGAGAAAACUUCCCAAAAUCCCUCAUCUUCCACGACGGAAGAAUUGCAUUCCUACCAGCACCAGCCGCGACAUUGGCAAUGUUCAUUUGGCUUCCUUUCGGUGCCACCCUCUCAAUCUUUCGCCACAUUAACGGCAUGUUCUUUCCAUACUACAUCUCUUUUCUUAUCGGCGCUCUCACCGGAAUAGUUUACCAGCACAGUAAACCUGCUGCCCAAACCAAAGUACACGAGCAAGUUGCGAUCCAGCCAAAACCCAGUUGCGGUCGGCUUUACAUCUGCAACCACCGCACUCUCCUGGAUCCCCUUUUCAUCUCCGCAUGCCUUAACAAACAAGUGACUGCAGUCGUUUACAGCUUAAGUCGAGUUUCUGAAUUUCUUUCACCAAUAAAAACAGCAAGACUUACUAGAAAUAAGGAGGAAGACAGAGAGAAAAUGAAAAAACUCCUAGAACAAGGAGAUCUUGUAAUUUGUCCCGAGGGAACAACCUGUCGAGAGCCAUAUCUGCUUCGUUUCAGCCCAUUGUUUGCAGAGUUGGCUGACGAGAUCACACCGGUUGCGCUGACAGCAGAGGGUACUAUGUUCUACGGCACUACGGCCUGCGGAUUCAAGUGGCUGGACUCGUUCUAUUUCCUUAUGAAUCCCAGGCCGAAGUAUGUUGUCCAGUUACUUGAAGAGAUUUCCGUGGUUUUGGAUAACGGGAAGAGACACAGCCCAUGCGAAAUGGCAAACCGUGUUCAGAGAGAGAUUGGUCGCUGCUUGGGCUUUAAGUGCACUACUCUUACCAGAAAAGAUAAGUAUCAGAUGCUUGCAGGCAAUGACGGGAUCGUGCAGGAGAAACAUAAUGCAUGAUUAAUAUAUAUAUGCUCUAUCUAAAAUCCUGCAGUACUAUAGUUAGCCAUCAUAAAAUAGAAUUGAUAGCUUUGGUUUCUUUCUGAACUAAUGGUUCCGUUUACUCUGUUCUAUUUGAGGUAAUUCGAAAAGUUUGUGGAUAGUCGUAAUAGCAGUUGGAUCAUUCCUUAA